AGGAGAAACCCCGGCCUGGUGAGGAAGAGUGAUGUGAUUUUGCGUGUUUGGGACGAGAGGAGAGCACAGAGUGAUCUCAAUCCUGGCGAAAGUCCGACCGUGAAGGGAGCGCACUUAAAUCACGUGGGUGUGUUGGGUUAGUGCCGGACAAAACGUAAAACUAUCGUCGGAGUGACUUCUCUUGCACUUUGAUUUCUUCCUGCCUUUCGACCCCCUCCGCCCUGCAUUCCGCGGAGCAGCUGUGUUUUCAUGCGCACCCGAGGAGGAGAGGAAGGAGAGCAAAGUGAGGCAGAAGAGGCAGAAGAAGAAGUAGAAGUGAGAAGGCCUGGACACCACCCCUCCUCGCCUUUCGGAAGACUGUCCACUCUCCCCUCCUGGCCCUGCAUGGACGGGGAUGGGGAGAGCCGGAUGCUGUUGCCGCGGGGCUGAGCGCCUCGUCUCCGCGUCUCUGGUGCGCCGCUUCCGGCCACUGCUGCUGCUGAUCAUCGCUGUCUGCUGCGGUGCUCAACUAGGUGAGUGCCAGGUGGCCACCCCUCAUUGCCAUAUCCAGAAGUGCAACACCGACUUUGUGUCUCUGACCUAUCACCUGUCUCCGGCAGUGGAUGGCAUUCACACUGAGUUCUGCAAGGCUUUACGUUCAUACUCGGCCUGCACCCAGAAGACAGCCAAGUCCUGCCGGGGGGACCUGAUCUUCCACGCGGCCAUGCUGGGCAUCUCCGACCUCAUGAGCCAGAGGAACUGCUCCAGAGACGGGCCCACGUCCUCCACGCUCCCUGAGGUCCAACACGAGCCCUGCAACUACCACAGUCGCACCCAGCACGCACACACACACUCCCACACACACGCCCACGGCCAUGUCCACACUCGGCCUGUCUACCUGUUCUGCGGGCUGUUCGGGGACCCACACCUGAGGACGUUUAAGGACAGCUUCCAGACAUGCAAGGUGCAGGGGGCGUGGCCUCUAAUCGAUAACGACUAUCUGUCAGUACAGGUCACUAAUGUCCCCGUGGUACCUGGCUCCAGCGCCACAGCAACCAAUAAGAUCACCAUCAUCUUCAAGCCCUAUGAGGGGUGCACAGACCAGAGGGUCUACCAGGCCGUCACAGACAACCUCCCGGCUGCAUUUGAUGAUGGUACGGUGAGCAGCGGAGAGCCCAUCCACAUGUCUGUCGGUACAAAAGGUGCCACUGGGAAGGUGCGGGCGCUGUGGAUCUCUGAGCGCAGCCCGGGGAACCAUGUGGAGCUGCACGCCGGCUACAUCGGUGUGACUGUGAUCGUGCGCCAGCUGGGCCGCUACCUCACCAUGGCAGUGCGGAUCCCGGAGGAGCUGGCUCAGGCCUAUGACUCCACCCAGGACCUGCAGCUCUGCCUGAACGGCUGCCCCGGGGGAGAGCGCAUCGACAAGGCGGGGCACCUCCCCCUGCCCCUCUCCCCUCCGCCGCUCGGCCUGCAGCUACGCCGACCCAGCUACUCCUCACAGACACAAGCAUCCCCCUACGGUGCCGCGCAGGUUUUUAGUGUGGAGGGGGCCAAGCAACGCUGCAGGGAGCAGCUAGAGGUGCAGGACAUUUACUUCCACUCCUGUGUGUUUGAUCUCCUCACCACCGGGGAUGCUAACUUCACAGUGGCGGCGUACAGUGCCCAGAAGGACAUGGAGAGUCUCCACCCUCACCAGGAUAAAUGGAGGAUCUACCCCCGCGGCUCGGCCCACUCCACCUUACACUCUGAUUCUCAACAUAUCAAACAACUGGCUGUGCUCUUGCUGUGUUUCCUGAGUGUGGCGAUGUGAGAGCAAAGCAGGAAGUUUGUUUAUGUGUGUGCACUAGAGAGAGUUUGGGAAGUUUUUAGCUAAGGCACUGAUACUGAGCACUGACGCCUCUCUCAUGUAAAGAGGAAACAGCUGGACGGUUACUGGGAACUCGAGUUUUUGGCCAAAAAAUACUGGCAACACUAACUUGACAUACCUGGCAGAGUCAGCCUACUGGGUAGUAACUCAAGAGUUGUGAUGAUGGCUUUCACAAUCUGUCUUUAUCUUUGGAUAAGACGCCUGACAAUGACACAAACAUGUGUGGGUGAAUAGAGUGUGUGGAUAUACACUCCAAACUGUAAAUAGCUUGUCUUCAGUGCACAGUGUAAUGGCGUAGAGUUGUUUUUGUGUCAUUUGUUGUGAUUAUUCUUUGAUACCUCAGACAGAGGAUGUUUGUUUUAAACAGAAGCACUUUAUUUCGUUUUAUUCCUAUAAAUCCACAUCAGUGUUUUUCCUCUCUCUCUCUCUCUUGCUAUCCUCCACCAAUCCUCAAUGGCUCAAGUUUUGGAGACCAUCUGUAAUAUACAUUUUGAUCAUUUCAAAGUACGUCUUUUAAAUUCAAGGAGCUGCCAUUUUAUUGAUAUCCAUAAUUCUUCCAGUAGCUGAUUUGACUCAGCAUCUCAUUUUAAUGCGAGUCGGUCAAUGUGAGUUGUUCUCUUUUGAAUGUAUUAUGAAUAUUGUCACAGCAAAUGCCAUCAGUACAAUUCUGUUGCCGUUUGAAUUUGUUGUUUUUCCUCAAUCCUGAUUUCAAAUAUCUGGAGUGAAAGUGUGUGUGAGAGUGGCUGUGUUGUUUUUUACCAGUUGGUGACAUGCUUGGAUGUGCUUGUUUUAUUCCCACCAUUUUGACUAAAGGCUGUGACAGUACGGGCUCAUGUAUGUUGCUCUUCGUAUCUUUGUUGUGUUAAUUUGAGCCAAAGACAGAUAUUGUAUGUUUAUGUACAAAGGAGAUCAUAGCUCACCACCAAACCAGCACCGUUAUCUUUGUCACACUCUUUUUUAAAGUUGCUACUGUAGAUUGUUUUUGAUGAGCUGAUCCUUCCUGGGAUAAGUGUAAGAUACUGGAGUGUAGAAAAAACACUGCAAACCACACUCACUGCUGAGACAUGUGCUUCAGCAGUGUGUUGUGGGAAAUGUAUGCCAUUUCAAACCUGAUAGAAAUGAUGGCAAUAAUCAGCUUAAUCUCAGUUCUUGGCAAUGUAAUCUCUUACAUCGCGUGUGAGUGUCAGUUUGGUGAAGAGCGACUGGUCAGUGUUGAAAUACUUAACUUAUUUAUGAACGUAGUGUCCUGUAGAGGAAGUUAAGCUCCAUAUUCUUGCUGUUGGAUAAUAAUUUAAAAAAAAUGUCAGAUGUGAUUGUACUGCCACUUAGUGGUGCUCUGUUGCUAUGUCAGUGUGUUACUUAAGGCGCUCAAAAAACAAAAACAGAAAAAAAACAUGGAGAAAAAAACUGUGUGCAAGUGUUUUAUUUCAAAAACAAUAAAGUCAAAAUGGUUCAAGUUUA